AUGGGGCGACACACAGACGCGUCUGCAACAAGCAACUGGAAAAGCCGGUUCACGCCGGCCCAGUUGGAGCGGAAACGCCUCAAAGACCGACUCUCGCAGCAACGAGCACGCCAGGAAGCGGCCAGGGUGCAACAGGAGCUGGAGGAAAAAGUGCGCAUGCUCACCCAAAGUGGUCAGGAUGACGUCCACAAGCUGCUCGAAGCAGAGAAUGCCACACUGCACGCGCGGAUCCGUCGCCUGCAAGACCAGCUGAGGACCAUCCUAGGCUGCGCCGAGGAGAGUCUGCAUCCUCGCCGUAAAUCCACACCGAGCACAUCUCCUUGUUUAUCCGCGUCCCCCUCCUACUCGCCUGUUUCCUUCCGUAGUCAAGAUCUCGCCAGCGUACACCUAUCCCUGCCGUGGUCCAUUUUCAAUCAGAUCUACCCGACCUUGGAGAGACUUGGGCUUUCUCACACGACCGAGGUGUCGGUGACGAACCUGCACAUGUCGGUCGCCAUAUGGAAAUCCAACCGCCAUUAUUCCCUGGGCCCUCAGUUCGUCCUCGAGCAUGCAACAAUGGACGAUUUUCAAGCCGUGCUCAACCCAGUCGUCAUGCGAAGGAUGGUAUCUACGCCAUCCUUCUAUCCCUCACUCCUCCAAACUCUGAUCUCCCGCAAACCAUUCUCCCUGUCCACGAAUCCAGAAUAUGAGCCGUUGUCCGAAAUUGAACUGUCGAUGCGAGUCAUUGCGUUCUGUUGUAUCGCAGGCCUGGCGCGGCGCAUCGGGGCCUGCUAUUCCUCCAACGAGCUGAUUGUGAUGUUCUGGUCCCAGUACACUCUCUUUCAGUUUUUCUCCUUUCCCACCGAGGAGUUAUACGGAAAGCUCCCGUGGUGGCUUCGCCCCAUCCCGUGCCAAUUCAUGCAACACCAUCCUCUGUGGCUAGACUACAUCUGCUGGCCGUGGAUGAGGGAAACUCUCCUGGCCAACUGGCAAUCCGUCGACCUCAAUCUCCUCGCCGAUGAAACAGUUCGGCAUUUUCGGGUCCAGGAUGGCAGCCUUGGGGACAUUGCAGCGCCGAUUCGUCUUCGGCCUGAUGGCGUGGCUCUGGACUUGGACAGCAAAUUUGAACGAGCCAUUGAGAAUUUGGACAAUCUGGUCCUGCUCCCGGAAUUUUUCCAGUCUUUUCCCACCCUGCGCCUGUCGCAUCGCACAAUUCUCCCGAGCGAGGAACCGUGCGAGAACUGGUUCAAUAGCUUCCCUGUGUCCUCACGGUGGGAUCUCUCCCUUCAGGAUAGAUCGUUGGUGCCCGACUCCCACGACUUGACCGUCGAGGGUGUGCCGAUCGAGAUGGUGGAGCCCCAGGCUGAGAACAGAGCUUCUGGGUGUGAAGAGGCGAGGUUCUUGCCCAAGACCAACAUGGACGACGAGAGUAUCCAUUUCGACGCUUCGCUCGCUCGGGACUGGCUCAAUUAUUGCAUAAGAUAUCCCGAGAUGCAGACUUUCCAGGAUUGGGCACAAUUCUGA